AUGAGCUGUAUUAGUAGGUUUACCUCGGAGCAGGCUGACGUGGCAGGGGUGGAUCCGCAGAGGCAGUUACAGCAGCCGGCAGGCGAAUCAGGGAUGGUUCUUAGCGGGAAAACGGAGAGUAUUGCGGCGGGGAAAUGUGUCGGCGAGGUGGAGGAGACCGUCGCUGAAGUCGCACGUGCCGUCGCAGGCGACGGCGUUGGCGACGUCACGGAUAUCCCGGCGACGCCGCCGUCGCACCGACCGCCGAACCUGGCCCCGCUUAUCGUAUACGAAGACUCUCCGUCCCUCGCGUUCAGCAUAUCCCCUUCUCCUUCCCUCUCCCCUUCACCCUCCUCCUCUCCCAUACUUCCGCGCUGCUCCAUAGCACCACCUGUCCCUCCUGCCCCUCCUACCCCUCUCGACACGUCAGCUCCUAAUCCCAACGAGUUCUCUCAACUUAAAGACGCCUCCCUGACCGUCCUGAAUCAGAUGAACCGGGCCGCUUCCCCGACGCCGCAGGCAGAUUGUGGUGUCGACCGUCUGCAACCACCGCAUCUGCCGCCGGAAAAUUCGCAGCCAAUGGCAGCUGCUUCCCGUGCCGACGUUCCUGCCGAUGUGAACGCAGCAUUCUGCGAAGCUUCGCAAGUGCCUCCUCAGGUAGCCCAUCAGGUGCCUCUUCAGGUGCCUUCUCAGGUAACGAGCAACCCGGGAGGCGAUUCGCAUGGAAGCGCGGUUUCCGCCGCGGACUCCGCAGCCUCUGCGUCUGCGAAUCAAACGGCUAGUUCAGCGGCAAAAGAUCCAACGGCUGGUUCAGCGACAAAUUCCGUGGCGAAUCCAGCGGCGGGUUUGCCCCGCCCGCGGAUCGUGCGUUCCGCUUCCUCCGACUCCUUCCAUCCUCCCGACUCACUCGACGAUGCGCCUCAUAACGCGACCCGUCGCUUCCCUCAUGCCGCUACCCCCGGCACUCCCACAGCCUCCAGCGCCGCAGCCGGUCGCCUGUCGCCGCGCCUCGGCUUUAAGUUUUUCUCCAGAGGCCACGCCAACGCGUCUCCCUCGCGCUUCCGCGGCCGAAACACAAGCGGCGGCGGCGGCGGCGGCAGUGGUGGUGGCGGCGGCGGCAGUGGUGGUGGCGGUGGCGGUGUCGGCGGUAGAGGCGGCGGUGAUGCGAAUUCCGCUUUUGCGGGAGGUGAUAAUAGCGGGUUUGGCCGCGCUCUGGAGUGUGACUUUAAGGAGGGGAGCGGGGUGGGCUCGAGGUGGGAAGGGUGGGAAGGGGUAACACAGGGUCGGUCGCCGUCUCCUUUGUCGCCUUCGUUUGAAGCGCAUCAGAAGCAGUCGCAGGGACGGUCGUCGUCGCCGUGGUCGCGAGGGCUCAGCAGAGUUCGCGGACUGGUGUCGCCAAGAAGGGGUAGGAAGCACGAUGAUGCUGGUGGUGCGGCUGGUGCGGCUGGUGCUGGUGGCGGUGGUGGUGGUGGUGGCGCGGAUUGUGUGGUGGAGCAAAUGGAAAGAAACAGGACCGCUGCUGCUACUGUUCCUUCAGCUUUUGCUGCUUCUCCUCCUCCUGCUUCGGCGCUUCCCGAGCCUCACCGCCGAGGCUUGGGCUCGCCGAGGCUGCGGGCGUGGCUCGGGUCUCCGGAAGUGCCGAAGCUGCCGCUGCGGCGCGGCCUGGGCGUGAGAUGGCACCGAACCUCGUCUGCUUCGGUGGUAACCCCAACCACCGGUACCAUGCCGGUUACCACCACCACUAGCCAGAUCAACACACAAGCUCCCAGUGCUGAUGUUUCUACUAGCAGCAACGCCGGCCCGUACACAAAUAUGACCGUGCCUAUUUUUAGUAACCCUGCUAUUUCCACCAGCAGUACGAGUGCGUUCUCUAGUGCGUGCAGCAGGGCGAGAGCUGCUGCGAGUUCAGACGCAGAGUCCGCGAGACUCGUGCGUCCACUGGGGGGAGCGAGCACAGAUGAACAGCUUUCCCUUGCUGCCUCCUCUGCUACUGACAAAUCUGUUUCGGCUGCGUCCUCCUCUCUCGCAGCGGCUGCUGCGGCGGCCAUUGCGGAGUACAACGCGCUCGUGGAGCAGAGCCUCGCGGCAGCACCUGACGAAACACCUGAAGAAACACCUGAGGAAACGCCUGAGGAAACACCUGGAGCGGCGAGGGCGCCCGUGCCUGCGUGCACGACGCACGACGGCGCAACAGGGCCCGUUCGUCCGCAUGUCCCCCUCCCACAGAAGGUUCUAGCAAGAACGGUGUCAGACCCUGGGGGUGGUACCCCUGCCAAAACACAGCUAGCCACUGAAACGGCUGUAGCGGCAGGCGGUGAGGGUGAGGGAGGCGCGCGCAAUGGGGAAGGUAGGCAGGGUGGGAGUAAUGGUGGUGGUGGUGGUAACAGUGGUGGUGGGGGUGGUGGGGGUGGCGGUAGUGGUGGGGGGCUGUUGAAGUGGCUGUCGUGGGGCAAGGCGAAGCUAGGCGGAAAGGGGAACUUUAAGCGGCGGAAGGGGAAGGAGGAGCAGCCAGGCAGCAGCGAGAAGACGAAGGAGGGGACUGCGGAGGAGAUAAAGGAGCGGGGUAGGGAGCAGAAUCGUGGUAGGGAGGCGAAGGGUGGCGGCAGUGGCAGCGGCGGUGGUGGUGGUGGUGGUGGUGGUGGUGGGGGUGGUGGUAGCACUGUUGAUGUUGGUGGUGGUUCCUUUUCUGCCGCGAACGCUGCAUCAGGAGCUACUUUGGACACGUGGCUCCACGAGACCAAGGUGGAUGAGGAUGGGAAUGACGUGGAGAAUGCUGACGUGGAAGGAUUAAAUAACGAUGAGGUGGAACAGAGGGGUGCUGAAUGGGGGGUUAUGCUGGUUGGGGAGGAGGAGGAGGAGGUGGAGGAGGAGGAGAAAGAGGAAGGGGAGGAGAAAGGGCAGGAAGAGAGGGAGGACGAUGAGAAAGAGGAGAAAGAGGAGGGGGAAGAAAAAGGGGAGGAGGAGCAGGAGGAGGAGGAUAAAGGGGAGGAGGAGCAUGAAACGGCGAUGGAGGAUAAAGCGGGUGAAAGGUGUUACUCUGCCGGCCAGGGAGAAGGAGGAGAGAGGGCGAGAGAGAGGGAAGAGGAGGAGGGGGAAGGGAAGGGGGAGAGGAAAGGGGAUGGGGAGGGGGUGGAGGAGGGGGAGGGGGAGAGGGAAGGAGGGCAGAGAAGUGAUGUGGUGGGAGUGGGUUCAGAUGGGUUUCACUUCGACGUGACUUGCAAUCAGGUGGAGGAGGAGGACGAGGGGAGCGUUGACGCUGUAACUGCCAGGACUGCUGGAAACGCCUUUGAAACCAAAGCUCUACCAACCAGAGGCUUGAUUGGAGAGGAGGAGGGCGAGAAGGAAGAGGAGGAGAAAGAGGAGGAGGAAGAGGAGGAGGAGAGGGAGGACUCAGAGGAAGAGCUUAGAGAAAGGCAGCAGCAGGAGUGGCAGCGGCAAUGGCAGCUGCAGCAGCGGCGGAUAGGCCUAGUGGUGACAGGCGGAGAGGAUGCCGCAGGGGGUGGUGCCAACGGGGGCCGUGGCAGCGGAGGCGGCAGCCACGGAGGGAAAGGACAGGGAGAUCAUGUAAGGGGUACAAUGCAAUCUGCGCCCGCGUCCCCAGCACGAGACGACUCGUGUGUGUCGUUUGCGCAGUGGGUGCAUCUGCGCGCUUCCCCCUCCCGCGGCUCCCCCUCCCGCGGCUCCCCCUCCCGCGCCUCCUCCGCCGCGCACAGCCCCGCGCCCGGGCUCCCCAUGCGCGCGUCCGCCGCGGGCGCGCGCGCAGCAGCUGCUGCUACAGCCGCGCGCGCAGCAGGCGCUGGCGCGUCUGCCAGGGGAGUGGGCGGAAACGGGGGGCGGAAUCGCGCAGGGGGGGCAACAGGGAGCGAUUCUAUUGGUGAUCCUAAGACUCCUGCAGUUGCAGGUGUGGAGAGCGGUGAAGGGAAAGACGAGAACGUUUCGGAGCCGAUUCAAAGGGAAGGAGAGAGCAGGGCGAUGAGUGAGGGGCAGCAGGGGCCGGGCAGUGCAGGGAAGAAGAGAGUGCGGUUCAGAGCGGUGGGUGCAGAAGGGGAUGAGUCAGAGGGGGGUGGAAACCACGCAAGGGGAGACGAUGAAUCCAUGGGAGGUUCGCCCAGUGGUAACCAGCCAGGAACAUGUAACCAGGCGAAAGGUGGUAACCAGGCGAGGGCAGGUUCGCCUGGGCGGGUGGGGGCUGGGCGGGGGGGAACUGCCCCCCUGGGUCUGGCACAGCGCAUAUGCUGGGUGCCUGCUGCUAAAACUGCUUCUGCUGAUUCAGCUGGUGAUAUGGUUGGCCGGGAGGAGGAGGGUGGGGCAGUGGAUUCGAGCCAGGCACCAGAGCAACCACUGGAGCAGAAACGAGACCAGAAUGUUGUCUUGGGCUCCUACCGCAAGCCUCGCACCGUUCCCAACCCCUUUGAACCCUCCUCCACACCUUCCCCUUCCGCCAAAUCCCCCCCUUCUUGCAGCCCCUCCCCUGCGCCCACCUCCGCCCCUGGUCCCCCUUCCCCCCCCCCUCCCCCCGUCCGCCCGCGCUCCCCCUCCCCCUCCGCCUCCUCCGCCCUUCUCGUGGCGCUUUCCCCCCGAAGGUCCCCAGGGCGGGUGUGGGGGGGGAUGGGGAGGAGGGGGUAUGAGGUGGGGGGGCUGGAGGUGUGUGGGAGUGAUGGGGACGAGGAGGAUGGGGGGGGGCAGGCAAGGACAGGUGCAGAGGAGUGGGAGAAGGAAGGGAGUGUGGUUGGGGAGGGGAGUGUGGUGGGAGAGGGGAGUGUGAUUGGAGAAGAGAGUGUGGUGGUGGAGGGGUGUGUUGUUGGGGAGGGGAGUGUGGUGGGAAGAGAGGAGAGGGUGGGGGUGGUAUGUGAAAGGGUGGAAGGAGAGGAGGCGGAGGUGCCAGUGGUUCAUGGAAGGGAAAGAGGAGGGGAGGAUGUGAGUGGUUGGGAGGAAGGAGGUAGAGGGAAGGAUGAGGGGAAGGUAGCUUCGAGGAUGGAUGGAGGGAGGGUGAUAGAAGGCGGAGUGGGUAAGAUGGUGGAGGAAGGAGAAAAGAAGGGGUAUUUACCCAGAACGCCAUCCCCGCCAGCAGGCCCAAAGCCGAUCUCUUCUGGACGAAGUGGGAGAGGUGGUGCAAAGGAGGGAGCUCACCAGGAGGAGGAAGCCUCCGUGUGCCCUCCCCUCCUGCUGGUCCCCGCCCAAAAUCCCCCCUGGGGCAGCUAA